AUGUCCGUAUCAGCUUAUGUCGCCGCCUUCGGCAGGGCACCGCCGGCCACAUGUGCGCUCGGCGCCGGCCUCAUCGUUACGUCAUCGCUGCUCUUCGGCAACGUCGGGCUCACCCUCACCGGGCCUCUGCCCAUCAUCAGGGACCAACUGGGGACGAGCUCAUUGAGCGCGAAGCAGAAAGUGAGAGUAUGGAGACUCUUCUUUGACGAAGCUACCAGAUAUGUGAUCGUCGGCACUGGCUUGACGUCAGCUUUACACCUGGGGGCGUUCGCCUUGGGCGAUUCACCCGUUUCUCGGAGGCUCGCUGUCAUGUCCGCGCUCUGUAGCAUUGUUGCCCUGCCUUACACCGCAAUGUUUAUCAUGCCGACCAACAAGGCUCUCAUCACGCUGGACGACAAGGUGGCGCUUUCUGAGAUGGAUAGAAGGAAGUCUGGAAAGCUGAUUGAGAAGUGGGAUCGCUUGCACAAGGUCCGAUUCCUGAUGUAUGGCAGUGCAUGGCUCUGCGGCCUUGCCGCAUUCGUUGCUGCCCUGCAGGUGGAAGUGUAG